AUGCACGAAGUCGUCACCCUUUCUGUCGAUCCCUCUCAUACAUCACCAACAUUCCUGGUCGCCUACCAAAACGAUCCCUACUUUUAUCGGGUCUGCAUCGACAAAACCACCCAGGACGCUGAAAUUAUCGCUCUCGGCGACCCAUUCUUUGGUCCAACGUCAACCGUCGUGCCUUUCUUCCGUUCAGACAUCAACGGCAGCUCCUGCGACGCGAAACAAUCCAGCUUCGUCUUCGUUGGUGACCGGCUUGGAUGCAUCAGUAUUUACCAGUGGGACAUCAGCGCCUCCCAUCCCAACCUGAAUGCUCGUGCCAACGCGAUAAGCCCCAUCCGCAAAUUCGAAGCGCACCAGGACGGGUCCAGCAUCACCUCCAUCGCGUGGAACGGACUCACCCUUAUCACGGGCUCCGUGCGCGGCACGACGCACGUAUUCGAUGGAUUGACGUUCGAGUUCCUACGUGCGUUUGCGUCGCCUGUCCUCCGCCUGCGCGGUCGACAUGUGCCCCAAGGUGUCGACACCAGCGAGAGGGAAAGAGUGCGCCAGAUCAUAGUCAAUGCCGAAAAGGACGCCGUUUUCGUGGCUGCUGGCGAUCGCGUUCUGGCCUGGAAGGCUGGCUCGGUGUCAAAGAAGACCACCGGCGGGGUGAGGAACAGGCAUACGUCGGGUGUGUUGCGUGCUAAGCAGAGAAGUGGCAGCGGCAAGUACCUUGAAAAAGUAGAGUUGAAGCACUCGAUCCAUGAGUCGCACGACCUGCUGGAAGACGAAGCAGAGCAUUCGCGGAGGGCAUACGGAAGAGAACGAGAGCAGCAAGCAAGGCUUGACACGCUUGGCUUGAGCGAAGUUGAAGCCGUCGAAUAUGUCCUGAUGCUCAGUCGCGAUGAAACAAAUGCCCAGGCUUCGAGCUCAAGCUCAGGAUUGGAAGAAGGCGUGUUUGAAGGAGAUUUCGACGACGAAACUGGCGAGGAAGACGACGGCACCACUGUAAGCAGCGGUAGAGGAAGCCGUCGUCCCAGCAUCUCGUCGAGCUCAACAGGACUUAGAGCACCACCAUCGGUCUCAUCGUCUUCGUCAUCCGCAUCUUCUGCCUCGCGAUCGUCCCAUUCGAGCCGUUCAGUCAGCGCCAUAAACCCUGGACGUCCUAUUCCUCGCGUCCAGCCGUCGGGCUCGAACCAGAAAGUGCAGGUAUCGCCACCUUAUCGUGGAGAGCCCGUGGAGGCAGGACCGGAGUACAUAGCAGGGUCUGAGUCCGCCUCAUCGAUGUCGUCUCUUUCCUUGUCGCCUCCGUCAGGGCCAACAGGGACACGCAUGCAUCUCGAGGACCACUACUUCCCUCCCAUGCCCACCAGCACUAAUGCCAGUCCGACGAAGACACCGCCGACUCCCAGCCCGAAGUCGGUGAAGACCUCGCCAGCCUCGAAGGGGAAAGCAAAUGCAUGGAGUGCCCCUCUUACGAAGAGGAUGUCGACGAACCCUGCAUCGUCUGCUCCGCGUCCGAAUGCGUGGGCCGGGCCGUCGAGGAUCUCGCCGCCCAGUGUCGGUCAACCAGCAAGGCAUUCGAUCGGUUCCGCUGCGGCGGCGGGGUCUGCAGGCGAUGAUAUGGAUGACGAUCUGCGCUUUGCUCUCGAGUUGAGCUUGGCCGAGGCGAAGAGUCGCGGAGAGGACGCCUAA